UAUUUUGAAUAAUACUGAACCCCCUUCGUCCCCCUCUCUCAUUCUAUCUAUCUUUCUCUCUUUCUCUCUCUUUAAAAUACCAAAAAUAAAACCCAUAAACCUCCAUAACCACCACACUCCGGCGACCCACCUCCGGCCACCGCCCGACCCAACGCGCCGGACAAAUCGAAAGCCCAAGUGCCAGCGACCUCACCCCCCAAGCGGCGACGCUCCUCUCGCCGCCGUUGACUCGGGAUCGCAAGUCAAAGUUUGGGAUUUCAAACUUUGAACGGGUUUUCCGGUCACCUCCGGCGUCCGUUUGACGAGAGGUUUUCACCACUACACUCAGCUCGUCGAGGAGAACAACUUACACUAAACCAUUUUUCCCGGUUCGCAACUUUUUCCGGUGACAUUUUUGUAGCUCCGCCCCUUUCCGGUGACCUCGUGUACCGUUUUGACAAACGGUUGGCAUGAGUGUGAUCUACUCGUCGAGGUGGUCGUUUUGAUAUAUACUACUCCUAUUUUCGGCGACAUUUCCGGUACACCAAUUUUUACCGCCACCGAUUGUUAAUGUGCACCGCUUAGGUGAGAGUAAUAUGUAAGUUUGGACUAAACAAUUGGAGCUCGGGACUUGAGAGCUUAAGAUCGUCUUUUGGAAAAAAAGUUUAACGACUCGGGAGAGGAACUCAGUUUGAUGCUAGUGGAUGAGGAUGGUACUGUUGGGAAAGGAAUGUCGUUAUUAGUUUAGUCAUAUUUUACUCUUUCACCUUCUAAUGAGACUGAUUUUGUAUUUAAGAACCAAUGGAUGGUCUGGAUGACUUAAAUUAGCUAUGUACUAGUUAGAAAUGAGAAAUGAUGGAUGCUAGGUAUUAUUUUGGUAUUUUAUUGACUUAUUAAAUCUAUCUAUUUGGUGAUUACAUAACUGUGGGGAUAUUACUGUUCUCUUAUAUUGAUGAGUGGUCCUGAUUUUUAUUACUAAUAUAUUUUUAUUAAUAUAGGAGUUAAUCCAUUCUUUUAAAUUAGUAUUUUGUAAUAUAAAUAAAAGGAUCAUUUAUAAGCUUUAUUUUCCUACAAGGGUCAAAGUGUGACCUUUGACCACCCAAGUUAUGGAUAUUACACAUCUGCCACAGCCUAGGGCUCGGGUCGUGACAGAAAAAUGGUAUCAGAGCGCCGGGUUUAAUUACCUCGGAGUGUGUCACCAAAUAGUUUAGAUUUAUUUUAAAUAAUAAUAGUAAUAAAUAUCUUGGUAUUUAUAUGUAUAAGGCAUAUUUAUAUUAUUAGCAUCCAAUCCUCACUAACUGAUUAGCUUUUGGUUCUCAGACCUAAGAAAAUGCCUCCAAAAGGAAAGAAGACAAGGGGAACGGUUGGAGAAGACGCCCCUCAAGCUAUUGUCCAACCUCCACAAGCUGAAUUCCCUAUGAACGCCCUUCUCGAAGCCUUAAGAGCUAUUCCCGCUCAACAAAUGGAUCCUGCCGCUCGACAAAGUCAUCAUUUUCAGAUCUUUCAUCGAAUCCAAGUGCCUGAGUUUGAGGGUGGACAGGAUCCCAUGGUAGCUGAAAGGUGGUUGAGGCAGAUAAAGAAAAAUUUCAACACAAUAGGAACACCUGAGGAAUACCAAGUUACUUUUGCUGUGUCCAAGUUAGAGGGUGGUGCAGCCGAUUGGUGGGAGACCUUGUCCAGGAAAAUGGAAACUGAUGGGAUGACUUGGCGAGAAUUUGAGAAAGUUUUCAGGGAACAAUAUUUUAGUCCAUCUCACAGGAGGGCUCUUAUUGGAGUAUUUGAUGGUCUAAGACAAGGGGAUAUGACUGUGAAUGAAUUUUACAUGAAGUUUGUAGAGCUAUCCUCUUAUGCAUAUCCUGGUGUUGUUGAUCAACCCUUGGUGAUUGAACAGUUCAUGCGUCGUUUGAGGCCAGCGAUACGUGGUCCUAUAGCCCCUUUGACCUUUAACAACCUGACUGAGUGUGUGACAGCAGCCUUGCGAACUGAGGCUCAUGUUGAGGGGAAUGAGAAGAAGAACACAAACAGAGGAAGAGGAAGUGACCGAAAGAUGACCAAGAAGAAUCAGGGACAAUGGUCCCAAGGACAACAAUUUAGUGGGGGUAGCACUAGUAGUGGUUCAUCUGGAAAGACUCGUAGUGGACCAUACGGGUGUUUCUGUUGUGGUCAACAAGGUCAUAAGAAGAAAUAUUGCCCGCAACGACAACAAAGAUUUCAAGCAUCUCAUGGAGGACCCAUAGGGAGCUAUGUAGAGUCUACUCCUUUUCAUGGACAGCCCAGGACAAACCAGUCUCAGUCUUCAUCCUAUGGUUUCACACCCCAAUCGGGCCAAGAAGCCUCGCAUCAACAUCGCCUGUGCCACAAGGUUCGUGGUUCAACAUGGGGUACUCACAAGGUUUCCAAACUCCUGCUCCUAGUGGGAGUCAAAGAGGGUACAAUCAAGGUGGAGGGUCUGGUGCAAGGCGGUGCUGACCAGGGAGUUGUCGAUGGUAUGGUUCUUAUCUCACACUCUUGGGCUCAUGUGUUAUUUGAUACGGGUGCAUCGCAUUCCUUUAUAUCUUUGAUGUUUGCUAGUAUGUUGGGUUUGAGUUGGGAAACUUUUAGUCCUGCAUUGCAUUUGAGUGUACCUAUGGGGGGACAUGGUGAGGUAUCCACCAUAUGUAGGUCAAUUUGUAUUGUGUUCGAGGGACACAAGUUGUCUGGAAACUUAUUAGUGUUGCCUAUGGGGCAAUUUGAUGUAAUUCUUGGUAUGGAUUGGUUGUCUAAAUACCAAGCUAUUGUGGAUUGUUCACGUAAAAGAGUGACUCUUUUAACCCCUAGUGGUGAUUUCAUUGUUUAUCGAGCCAACAUGAGUGCAGUGAGACACAAUCCUAUCUUAAGGGCAUGUUUAGGUGGAAAGAGAAACUUAGAGUGUUAUGGGAAUCUGUUUGCGAUCGAUGAUGAGUCUAGGAAUUUAGACCAGUUCCCUUGGAUAUCAGUGGUUAGUGGUUUUCCGGAUGUGUUUCCAGAGGAUUUACUGUGGUUACCACCUCGAUAG